AAGGGGUACCGGCGGAUGGGAGUCAUGCGGGGGACGUACGACAGUCUCGCAGGAGCUCAUUGGAGAGCUGAUUGCGCCAAAACCCGACCACAAGCUCACAAGCUCGUGUCCGCGGCUGCUGCACUCGCGGUACAGAGCAUCAUCAGUGCUCAUUUGGGCUGGAUCCGGCCUUUUAUUGUUCGACUUCCGCGCUGCCGACGCGUAUUUGAGGCAUGUGGUGCUCGGCAUGCACUUGAGGCGCUGCACACACUGAGAGCACUGCGCUGAGACUCAGUGAGAGCGCCGCACGAAGACGCACUGCACUGUAGCAUUUCAAAGCACUGCAGCUAAAAUGCAUGCCCUGCGAUGGUUCACACUGCUCGCAACGACAGCGGCCCUCUCCGCAACGACCAAGCCCGCCGCCAAGCAGGGCAACGAGGCCGCGCUCGCAGCAGUAGCGACUCCACUAAAGCCAUCAAAUGAUCUGGGCCAGGACCUAUUAAACAACGGCGUCGCCCGCGUCAACAAUAUUGUAGACAAGGAAUGUUGUAGAGAGCUCCGAGCAGAAGUAGAAAAAUGGCUCGCCGUCGAAGACGCAGUACCGGAAGACGCCCGCUUCGUGCCCGGGACACGUCUUUCUCUCUCAACACCCAUGCGGCUGUCCUUCGCUGGUAGUAGAGCUGAUCUACUAUUGCCGAUCGAAGAACCGGUAGUAAGCAAUGUCGCGGCGACAGCAAUUAAAGCAUGCCUCGCUGGUGUCGAAAAAGCCCGCACUUUACUAGAGGGAACCGGUCCGCUAGAAAUAGUGGAGCUCGGCGCGCUGACGGCGUCGAUCGGCGCCACUCAUCAAGCUUUACAUAGGGACACGUGGGGCGGCAUCCCCAACCGUAUUGUAUUAUUUGUGGCUCUGGAUGACGUAGAAGACGGCGACGCCGGCGCGACGGUCUUCGCGGACCGAUCUGAUAAUAUCAAGCGGAGCGCGCCCUUUGGUGUGGGAGACGUCAUCGCCUACGACGCGUCGUUGUUGCAUUUCGGGGCGAAGAAGACUUCUGGUGUUGAACAUAGGGCGUUGUUGUACUGCGCGCUGGCGCCGGCGCCGGACGCCGACACGCAGGAAGACCUUAUACAAAAAUCGCCGGCCUUAAUCGCGGCGCCGCGCGUCGACGCCGCUGCAUUAGCUGAUUUGGCCUCCUUUACGACGUGCACCGUAGACCUAUCAAGGUGUCGCAUCGCGGCGGACGGUAGGGGCGGCCGGGGCGUCUACGCGGCGCGCGACCUGCGGCGGAACGACGAGCUCGCGCGCGUGCCCUUUGAUAGUAUUUUGGGCGCCGAAGCGGCCGCGGAGGCUUUGGACGCGCACGACUUCGCGGGGCCGCCGCAGUGCCUCCUGGCCGGCGCCCUGGCCGCGGCGUACGUCGGCGUCGCGUCGUGCGAGCGGUGGCGGCCGCACGCGCUCAGCCUCGACUGGGGCCUUGAAGGGAGGGACUCGCUGCGCGACCACCCCGUCGAGCGGUGUCAACGGGGUGAAAUGGAGGGCGACGCCCUCCUGGAGGACACACUCAGGCAGCUGACCGAGGCCUCGGAGAGCGUGCGUCGCCUCGCGCCGGUUGAUGAGCAUGUGUCGUUCCGCGCGUGUCUCCUCGUGCUGACGCGGGCCUUCGACUUGAGUCAUCUCCGCGACGGCCUGAACCCGGCGCUCGCGCCCGUUGCGGACCUCUUCAACCACCCGUCAUCCACAACACUGCCCGAGCGAUUGCAGAGUAUAUCAGUGUCGGGCCUCGCGGUGCAGUCGACGAGCGAUGGAGACGACCUCGUUGUGCGCGCGCCGCGGGGCUACGACCCGCGCUGCGGCGACGAGUUGUACAACUGGUACGGCAACGCCGGCUACGGAAAGACUGGCUCUGUCGAGGAGUGGCGCGAGGCCGAGGACAAGUUCUACUACCAGUAUGGGUUUCGCAUGUGGUAGCAUCGCAUCGACGGCGUGAGGUCACGCCGGCACGCCAUCACCGCAACGCGCAAACGCAUCGCUCCGACCGGUAACAUCGCAUUGACGGCGUGAGGCCACGCCGGUACUGCACACUCUACCGGCACGCCACCACCGCAAAUGCGCAGACGCAUCGCUCCGACCGCCGCACGCAUCGCCGCUCGCUAAGUCUUGUUUCGUUUAAUCUUAGUACACUCACACCUAGCGGCCACGCCCCCGGCCC